UUAGAAUUUGAGUUUAAUUUAAAAUUACUUAAGUAACUUAAACUUAAUUAAACCUAAAGCUUUAAAUCUAGAAAUUAACUUCAUCUAGCUUAUAAUUAACUUAAAAGUUUAUUAAUUAUUUCAACUUAAUCAAUCCAUUUAAUUAAGUGAACGGGUAUUAAAUAAUUUUAAAUUAAACUCAAAUUCUAAUAAAACAUAACUUAAAUAAUUAACACUUAAUUAUUAAUUUAAUCUAACCUUAAUAUCAUACAUUAUUGGCAAAGGGCUAAAAAAAAUGAUGUGAUAGUGAUGUGAUGUUUUUUUUCAAUACAGAUAAAACAUUAAAAGAUUGAAUGAAAAGCAAAGUUUGUAAAAAAUAGAAUUCAAAGCUUCUUAUCAAUUAAUAAAGGCAUCUGUUGAAUGAAAAGUAAAGUCAAAUCGUAAAAAAUGGAAUCCAAGGCUUCUUAAUCAAUUAAUCAAGCCUUCGGUUGAAUGAAAAGCAAUGUCAAAUGUAAAAAAAUUGGAAUCCAAAGUUUCUUAAUCAAUCAAUCAAUCAAUCAAGAUGUUUGUUUGGCCGUUUUGACCAUUAUAACGUUGAAGAACGACGUCCCAAAGCAAACCAUGUUAUUUGUCGGAACUUUGGAAUGAUGUGGGGUGUUCCGUACUGAAACACUCAUUCCGGUCGUUCCAUGUCCAUUCCGAUGAACUAUGGUCAAAGUCUCCCAUACUUCAACCAAACUCGCCGGAUUUUGCAAAGCAGACAACAGGCAAAUAUGGUACUGUGGAUAAGCAAAAAACAAAGGUUACUGGCUUUUGUAAAUGCAAAUACAUCACAGGGAAAAGGAAGUUUUGAUGAUCCGGUCAUAAUGGUUGAUCCUGUAGAAGCCAAACGAUUAGCAGCAAAACAGAUGCAAGAAAUCAAAGCCAAAGAGAAACUAAAAAGACGCCGCCAAGCUGAAGCGAUAAAUGGGGCACUCGCGAUGAUCGGCCUCACGGCAGGGUUGGUUAUUGAAGGACAGACCGGAAAAGGGAUACUAGGCCAGCUUGCUGGAUACUUGGCGACCUUCGUAAGCUUGUUCAUUCAAUAGCAUUAUUUGCCAAACUCAGAUUGGAAAAAAAAAGCGAGGCUCUUACUUUCUUGACUUGCAAGUGAAUUGAUGGAACUUUAAAGAGGAUGUUAAAGUUUGUUUUCUUUUGGAAUAGCAAGUGAGCCAAUGUAACACUCAAGGAGAACAUGAAAUUGGUGUUCACCGAGAGUUAUCGGGCAGGCUAACAAUAUUGUAUAAACGCAAAAAAAAAAAAACUCUCAUAUACCCGUAUCCAUUAUUCACAUGAUUGAGAAAUUGCUCA